AUGACUGGAGGUAAUGAUGUUCUGCCCCCUAGGCAACGUGGUAGGGUGGUGGCGGUGUAUUUCAAUGAGCUACGUAAAUUACAAGAUGAGUUGGCUAGUUAUGUCAAAAUUCCCAAGUGUACUUGUGCAGCUGCUUCUGACUAUGCUAAAAUUGUUGAUUUGAUACAUUUUGAUAUUUGGGGUCCAAAUAGAGUAGUGUCUAGUUGUCAUGCUAAAUAUUUUCUUACUAUUGUGGAUGAUUAUUCUUGUGCAACAUGGGUAUAUUUGAUGAUUCGAAAACAUGAAAUGGGCAAUUUGAAAGGAAUAUUGCAUCAAACAUCAUGUGUUGAUACUGCACAACAAAAUGGUCUUGCGGUUCAUCUUAUCAAUUUGACUCCGAUUCCCAUUUUACAAGGAAAAUCCCCUCAUGAAUGUUUGUUUGGUAAACCUCCUUCUUAUGAUGAAGUGCGUGUUAUUGGAUGGAGGUUUCAUGAUUUAGACACUAAUGAGUUUUUAAUAAGUCGUGAUGUGCAAUUUUUUAAAAAUAGUUUUCCUUUUAUUGAUAUAUUUGAUGAGUCGGAGAAAGUGCAAUGGGAAAAUUAUAUUAAUCAAGUUAGAUUGUGGAAUGAAGACAACUUUGAUAAUGAUUUGCAUGUGCCUACACAUGUUCUUGAGAUUGUUAAUGUUGCUAGUGUGGCUUCUUUGCCAGAUAUGCAUUUGAGGGGGAGAUUGAGUGCUCACAGUGACGUGGCAGGGGGUAAUACUCCUACCUAUGUUGAAGUUUUGGAUCGUGGUCAUCGUACAAAAAUCCUUUCCUCGAAGCUUCGUGGUUAUGUGACAAAUACGGUUGUUCGACAAGCUAUAGACCUCACUCCAUCAACAACUACUGCUCCCGUCUCUCAAUCACAUUCUUCAGUUUCGAAGGGUAAAGAGCCUUCCUCGUUUAGGGAAUUUGUGAAACAUAAAGGGUGGUGCAAGGCAAUGAAAGAAGAAAUUGAUGCCCUUGAACGAAAUGGCAUGUGGACAUUGGAGGACUUACCUCCAGGAAAGAAGGCUAUUGGUAGUGAUUGGGUGUAUAAAAUUAAACAUACUUCUACAGGUGAAGUAGAACAACUUAAAAUUCGUCUUGUUGUGUAUGGCAAUCGACAGGUUAUAAGUGUUGAUUAUAAUGAGACUUUUACUCCUGUGGCAAUGGGGACCGUUAGACUUUUUCUUUCCGUUGCAAGUUCUUUAAAUUUGGAGUUACAUCAAAUGAAUGUUCAUAAUGCUCCUCGGCAAUGGUUUUCUAAAUUUUCUAACGCAUUGAAAUCCAAUGGUUUCAAGCAAUCAUAUACAGAUUACUCUUUGUUCAGUUAUAUUCAAGGAACGGUCUGCCUUCAUGUUCUUGUGUAUGUUGAUGAUCUUAUUAUUAUUGUUGCUCGUAGUCCGGAAGGUAUACUUUCGCCUCAGCGUAAAUAUGCUUUAGAUGUGUUAUCUGAGGUAGGAAUGUUAGGUUGUAAGCCUAUUGAUACUCCUAUGGAGCAGAACCAUCGUCUUGCAUAUGCCAAGGGGGAGCCAUUCUCUCAACCUAAUCAGUAUCGUCGCUUAUUUGGGCAACAUUCUCUCAACCUUAUUUAUCUGCAACUCGUCCAGAGUGCAACAUUAGGAUGCGGCAAUCAGGGUACUUCGCUAUAUCAAAGCGAUUGGGCAGCGUGUCCUUUGAAUCGUCGUUCAUUAUCUGGUUAUAUGGUUUUUCUUGGUCGUUCCCCUAUCUCGUGGAAGACUAAGAAACAACUGACAGUAUCUCGUUCUUUCGCUGAAGCUAAGUAUCGUGCUAUGGCAGUUACAACUUGUGAAUUAAAGAGGUUGAAAUCUUUGUUGUCCUCUCUAGAGGUAGAUUGUCACUUUGUUCGUGAUGAAUUGGUGAAUGGUAAUCAAGCUACUACGUAUGUUCCUACAGAUUAUCAGUUAACAGAUAUUUUAACAAAGGCACUUGGGAAACGACAGAUAUCUUUAUAUUGUGAGUAUAUUUUGAUGAAUAUUGGUGAAUAUUUUGUAAAUAUCUUGUUAGGAGUUUUUUUUGGAAAGUUAGGUCAUGCAAAGUUUAAAUUUAACCCAACUUACAAUCUUUCGGUGUGUAUUAGUGUUUUUGAUAUGAUGGUUGACAAAAACAACUAUACUAAUUGCAAACCACAUCUCUUCUUCUGUAAUUGUAAAGAAAAGAUCAAGCUUACAUCUGCUUAG